AUGAGUCAGAAUGACCUCAUUUUCAUCAGAUUCCGCGGGCGGACUGACCCCCAGCGCCAGCCAAUCAGCGAGCGCCACGUCGGCCGUCGCACAGGUCUAAGGCCACGCUUCUCAAGAAACAUCAGAAAGAAAACGCCACGCGAGAGUAGCUCAGAAGUUAUGGUGCCUGCACCGAUUAUCAUAAAAUUGCCAGUCGGCACGAAGAAACUAACAGCAGAAAACAUGAAACAAAUCUCCAAUUUGCAGCGUGUUCCAGCGCAGCAACAGCAGCACUUCCAAUCCUCUCCACAAUGCCUGUCCAAUGGUCAAGGCAUUCCAGUAAUCAAGCUGGAGGAUUUGGAGACGCUGCAGUCGCUGGAUCACAGGGAUCAGGAAUAUGAUAAUCGUAUUGCUGAACGCACACCGAUUGACGAGCUCCGCGCUGGGAAACACAGCCUUCCCAUUUGGGCUGAAGGGCUUUUCGACCAAACAACACCUGGUCAGCCCCGCCGCCGCCGCAAGUUAACUCAUCUGACCGCUGGAGAAAAGAUCCUCCGACGAAAGCUCAAGAAUCGUGUCGCGGCUCAAAACGCUCGCGACAAGAAGAAAACGGCUUACGAAGACUUGAAGUCAGACAAUGAUGAACUGCGCGCGAUGAUGGAAGAGUUGAGGAGGACUCAACAAGAACAGAGGGCCCAAAUUGCCGAGCUUCUGCGCGAGAACAAAGAGCUGAAACUUCGCCUCGGAGACGGGGACUCUGCAAUCGGUUCAAGCUCAAAUUCGAUUUGUUCUGGAUCCUCUCCUGAAGAGAGAGUUGGGUGA